CAACGCCGCCCUCCUUCAGCAUCGUCUUCCCCAAACCCUUAAGGAGAUCGUGAAGCCCAGCAAAGUAAAAAGAGGGUGAAGUCAACGUUACCACUAAAUGGAGGCGAGAGUCCAGCGGACGUGAUGAAUGAGGAUACUACGAUGGGAGAGCAGCGCUACAGCCAUGGCAGUCCCAUACCAGCAGCAUGGUCCUCUGGAAAGAGGGCGGCGCAACGCUUAUUCAGCGAACUCCUCCGCCCGGAUGCAUGGGUAUAUUGCAGACUCCGAUUCAGAGGAUGUUGCAGCAGCGAUCAGAGAAGAUGGUCUGGAAGCCAAUGAGGAGGGUGAAGACGACCCGGUUUGCCCGACAAUAAAAUUCUCGGCGGCUGAGGAACGAAGAUAUUGCAGGGAGCUACGAUCAGCACUAGUUGUUAAGGUGUUUGGUCGGUUGUCAUCGUACACUUUGGUCUCAUGCACACUCAAUGCCAUUUGGGCUAAGGCCGGGACAAUUUAAGUAGCGUCGGCAAAAACGGGUACUUCCUGGUGCGAUUUACGAGUGGGCUUGAUUAUGAACGUGCAGUCACGGGAGGGCCAUGGAUGGUUGGUGAUCACUACUUAACAGUGCACAUGUGGGACAAGGAUUUCAACCCUUAUAGCCACGAGGUAUCGUCAACCCUUGUUUGAGCAAGACUAUUUGAUAUCCCAGCACAAUACUUCCACACGGAUGAGGUUAUGAAAAUUGGAAAUCGCAUUGGUAAACCACUGCGAGUUGACCAGGCUACCAGUACAGGUGCACGGCUUGACAAUGCGAGAGUAUGUGUUCAACUCAACCUUACAAUGCCGCUACUCUCAUAGUUUUGGAUCCAUGGAAUCAAGUACUUCAUCCAGU